AACCAACUAAGAUCGCUGGUCGCAUUAAGUCUCGUUACGUUACGCUUGCCACUAUGGUUGGAUAAUGCAUUCAUCUCUACAGUGAAGUGGGUUUUCUGUCUCUAAGAUGAAGCAUCUCUGUGGGAUGUUUCUCCUUCUGUGCUGCACCAAAGUGACCAAAACAGUGGUUCUUAAAGUUGUGGCUCCACUCAACCCUGUCCUCGGUGUAGUUGGUGAAGACCUGACUCUGCCCUGUUACCUUGAGAACAAUGUCAGUGCUGUGGACAUGGAGGUGCAGUGGCUUAUUGAAAGGACCAACACACUGGUGCAUCAGUACAGAAGACACAUGACCAAUCAAACUGAUGAGCAGCUUCCACAAUACCGUGGCAGGACCAGUCUGUUCCUAGAAGAGCUGCAGAGGGGAAACAUCUCACUAAAGCUCAGAUCAGUCAGCCUCUCAGACACAAACAUAUACAAGUGUUAUGUCAAAGAGGGUCCUCUGACUCUUGAAGAAAAUGUUAAAGUCGAAAUUCAUGAGUUUGGAAAUGAACCUGAGACAUCUGCUGUGAGCCACAAUAAUGGCAGUGUCACUCUGCUGUGUGUGUCCACAAACUGGACAACUAAACCUGCAAUUGUGUGGAUGGACGACAAAAGAAAUAUCCUUGCAGGAGAUUUAGAGUACUGCUACAGCAAUGACACCACCCUCUAUGUCCAAAGAAGUGUCACUGUGCAGAAGAAGCAUGGAUACAGCUACACAUGCAGAGUCUCAUACCGGCACCACAGCAAAGAGAAGCUGAUUGAAGUGGAACGGGGCUGGUUUGAUCAACCUCGGGACCAUUGGAUUCUUUUUGCCCCAUUGUGUCUUGUGAUCCUCAUCUUACUCUCAUUGUUAAUCUGUCAAGCUAAGAAAAAAAAGGACAAACACAAAGUUUUGCAGAUGUACAAAAAAUUCCAGAUCUCUGAUUCCAGGGUCUUUUCCUUUUACAAUGAGCCUUUGAUCAUUCAUGGUCACAGAGAAAUGCACAUUGGGGAGGAAACACCCAUUUCCUCAAAGAAGGAUUAUAAGGAGAUCAAAGUGGAGGGGAUCUUUAAAAACCAAAACGGCCAUCUGGUCAUUCUCCAGGGUGAACCUGGAUAUGGCAAGUCUCUCACUGCAAAGAAGAUCAUGCAAGACUGGGCACAAGGAACCUUCUACUCAGACAUGUUUGAACUGGUUGUUCUCCUGAAGUGUGAUGAGUUGGCUCUCUCAUCACAGAUAAAAAGUUUGUUGGAGCUCAUAAAUGAUGAUCAAAAGCACAAAUCACUGAUUAAUGACAUUCUAGCGGAGUCACCACACAAAGUACUGAUCCUUAUUGAUGGUCUUGAUGAAUUUACUUUCACUGAGGAAGAGAUAAAAUCAUUUCCUACAAAACCACACACCCCAGCCCCAUCUAAAGCUAUUCUCUGUGGCUUGUUGAGUGGACUUAUGCUACCUCAGUCCUCCCUGCUGGUCACCACCAGGCCCUCUGCCUCUGACAGACUAAAUUUUCUGCUCAAAGGACGCACAUGGAGAUUUGCUGAGAUUCGGGGCUUCACAGAACAGGGAGUGGAAAAAUACUUCAAAGAGUUCUUUAAUGGAGAUAAUAUAGGUGUGUUCCAGAAGGUGAAAAAUAAUAAAAUGCUGUUCACCUCCUGCUUUAACCCUUUUUUGUGCUGGAUCACCUGUACAGCUCUGAAGAGGUCAACUGGAAGCUCAGAUGAGCUAGAUAACGUGGGAACAACAAUCACCUUUACAGCUCUGCAGAGGUCAACUGGAAGCCCAGACGAGCUAGUUAAAGUGGGAACAGUAACCUCCAUAUUUUGGGGAUUUAUUACUAUUCUUCUGCAGAAGCAGCCACAAGGUGACACGAGACUGGGCCUCCUUAACCAACUCCAUGAACUAGCCAAAGGAGUGAUAGAAGAAGGCAAAGCCGAGUUUAACUUGAGUGGCUCUCCACUUAAAAAUUGGAACUGUGUUUUUAGGAAUAUUAACACUGACCAGAAGACAACAUACAGAUUUAUACAUCAGAGUUUUGUGGAGUUCUUCUUUGCUCUUGGCUAUGCCAUCCCAGGGAGGGAAGAGCCACAAAAGGUUGAGGAACUCCUGAUUUCAGCACAGAGUAACUUUUUAAAUUCAGAGUUUUACCUUCAGCCUGUUCUGGAGUUCCUAUUUGGUUUGUCAAAUGAGGCAGUCAGAGCCUCUCUUUGCAGCACAUGUGGACUUGAAUACCCUACAUCACCCCAUCAAAGCUCAUUCUGUCUUCAGACUCAGUUGAAGCAGUGGAUCCUGGCUAGAAGGGACAUCUUUUUCAGCCAUAAGAGUUUUUUUCUUUUUCCAUUCCACUGUCUCUAUGAGCUCCACAAUGAACAGUUUGUGGAGGAAGUCAUGCAGCUCUUGGGGAAAAUGCGAUUCCCUUACAUCCCCUUAACUCAUAGAGACUGCUUGGUGAUAUGCUAUUGUCUUGAAGCAUAUCCCUCAAUCAAGAAACUGGAUCUCAGACACUGCAGCCUCACAUCAGAGAAGCUAAAACUACUGCAGCCUUUGUGGGCUACGUUGGAGUGUUGUACACUUUGGAUAACUGCUGACGGAUUGGAUAACACUGACAUUUUUGAGUUGGUGUCAUCUCUGGAGGGAACCCUUUCAAGCCCAUCUAAGCUGAAUGAACAAAAGUCUGUGAAUUUACAAUUUCUGUCAGUGAAGAGCUUCACACUAGACACUGCCUCCAAUUUGUUAAAGGUAUUCCAAAGGACAAAACAUCUCUUCUGUAUGAGCCUGGAAAUGGAUGAGACAGCUGGUGCUGACAGUUUCUGCUCCUCCUUCUCUGCAGAAAGAGAUGAACUCCUUUUCACUCUGACGGUUGGAUACCAUAAAGCAAAACACAAAGAUCCGCAACCCGAAAUCCUCCUCAUCACUCUCGUCCUGCCUGCUGCUGAGGCUCCCAGAGAGGCAUCAUCUGAGCCUGCAUAUGACUGGGCAAAGUUAGGACAGGAUGUCCAAAGCCUAAGGCAGGGGAAUAGUCUGCAACAUCUUAUUCAUGAUCUGAAAAGGCUGGACAUUGGAGUGAAUUACCUGCCACAAGACUGGGCCUCUAAUAUCCUCAGCUACAUACAUCCAAAUAAAAAUACUCAUUCCAACCUAAUGGACAUUAAUGUCUGGGCAGCUGAUGAGACAAACAAUAAUGGAGCAGGUGCAUUCUCUUCUCUUAAAUUGAAAAGAGUCACUGAUGAAACCUUCAGACUGGAAACGAGAGUCUCAGAGGAUAAGAAAAAUCCAGAAGUAUCCAGACCUCACAAACAUGCAGACCUAUUACGCACACUGCCAGAAAUUACGGAGACAGAUGGUGGAUGGCAAGUUUUACAUGCCUUUCAAACAAAACUUUCCAGUUUGAUAAGAAAAUUGAGCUCAGAUGAGUCAACCAUCUCUCUCACCUUACCGACCGCAGAAGUAUCCGACCAUGAUAAAUCUUCAGACCUCAUCAGCAAUAUCCUCAGAUUAGGAGCUGUACCUGAAAAGUACAAAGAAGAACCGGAUGGGAGUGCACAAGGUUUCCUCUCCAUAUCCAAUAUGGAAGACAUUAAACUGAGGGUGAAGUGUAUCUCUGAGAGCUUGGCUACAUUGAUCCUCUCCUCCUGCAUUAAGCAGAAGAAGAUGCUUAUUUCCAUUAAGACCCAGUCAAAUAGACAUGUGGACAGUCUUUGUUCAAGACUCACUGUGGAAAAAGAUGAGAAGGAAUUCAAGUUGUCAGUUAUGGAUGAACGAAUGAGCUCAAGCCCUUACACAGCUCCUGCUCUGUCUGGCAUUAAUCUCCAUUCAGACCCAUUAGUCCCAUUAAACAUGGACUGGCAAUGCUUCUGUAGGACAUUUUACACUCUCAGAAGUAUAACAAAGAGCAAUACAGAUGUGGAUGGCCAUGUUGGUGAAUUGCUGUCCUCUCUGUUCUGUCUGCGUGGUUUAAAGACUGUAGACUUGUUUAUGAGCUACUCGAGUGACAGUCUGAAAAACAGCAUUAAGUCCCUUAUGGAACACUGCCCCAGCAUACAAGAAACCAGGGUGUCAUGUGGUGAGAAUGUUCAUUUCAUGGACAAACCUUUUUGGUUAGGACAUGGUGAACAAGUUAAUGGACAGUUUGGUUACACAUGCACAAUUAAAAGGGACGAUUUGUAGCCUCCUCCUCAUUCCAGUCAUUCCAGUUCCAACCAGCCUGUAAGACUGUAAAAACGGAGGACUUGGGCGAGUCUGAUGCCAAGUAAUUACAGAGUUGUAUAAUCUUUUUUAAUCAAUUUUCCGUCAAAGGAUUCCCGGGACACUGAAAGACCGGGGAGAACGAAACUUGGUGGGCAUGUAGCCCCACAAGUAGGCCCACCCAUAUCGAUACCGCAGUACUCAAUAAUGUUAUUGCAUAUCGCAUGUUUUCCUAAUAUCAUGCAGCCCUAACGUACACAUACAUAAAGACACACACACACAUACACACAAAGACACGUAAACACACACACACACACCGCGACACGCACAAA